GCGAAGAAAAUAACACACAGACAUGUAGCUCCAGAAAUCGCUCUAAAAAUAUCCGUAUUUGGCGAGAGACAACUCCACGCGGGAAAAGUCACAGCCAAGAAAGCGAUCCUUCGCCAACUCUGACUCGCGCCUUGGAAACCUGCGCGUGGAGCGUGCAGAGCUCGGUUGUCUCCUUGGAAACCGCAGCCCAACAGGUCUCAGGCAGGCCCCGGGGAAGCGCGCCUGGAGGAGCAGGUGUUCUCAGGCUGCCGUCUGCGCCUGCGCCGGUCCACCGCGCCCUCGUAGUAAGAGAGGCCCGGAUGGAGGACGCGGAGACGCGCCGUUGCUAUGGCACCUGGGUCCUGGCCGCCGUGGGAGCAGCAUUAUUCUAUAACAAACAGAAAAUGGAUGAAAAUAAAGAUAUGGACUCAAAAGAAAGUGGAGAAUAUGAAGAUGACUUUGAAAAGGACCUGGAAUGGUUAAUUAAUGAAAAAGAAAAAGGUGGUGCCAGCAUAAUAGAGAUGGCUUGUGGGAAUGAAGAGAAUAUUAACCAAGAAUUAAAAGACAAUGAAACAGAAACAGAACACACUAAACAGAGUUCUGAUCCUGACAGAUCUUUGAAGGAUGAAGUUUCACCAAGAAGAAAUGACUUCAUUUCUGUACCGAGCAUUCAACCUUUGGAUCCCAUAUCAGAUUCAGAUAGUGAAAACUCUUUCCAGGAAUCCAAAGUAGAAAGCCAGAGAGCCCUGGAGGAGGAAGAGGAUGAGGAAGUAAGGAGAUAUAUUAUGGAAAAAAUUAUACAAGCCAACAAGAUUCUACAGAAUCAAGAACCUGUGAAUGAUAAAAGGGAACGGAAGCUUAAGUUCAAAGACAAAUUAGUUGAUCUGGAAGUUCCUCCACUGGAAGACACUGAUACUUACAAAAAUUAUCUUGAAAAUGAAAGUAGUAUGUCUGGAAAACUCUCACAGUUACGUAUUUCCAAGGAAUUUGGACAAGAAAAUGUGCUCGUGUCACUAACUGAUGGAAAUUGUGAAGAGAGCAAGGAUAGGAAAAUUCUAGUCGAGAGAGAUGGAAAGUUUGAACUUCUGAAUUUACAAGACAUUGAGAGUCAGGGGGUUUUGCCCCCCAUUAAUACUAAUAGUACAGAAAACGAGCCUCACCAGUUGUCAUCCAGAUCUUCCAACUCAAAUGUCAAUGGUGUCAAGAAAGAAGAGCCGAUAGCAAAGAUUCAUGCUGUUGCUCAUUCAUCAACAGAAGAGCCACUGGCUUAUAUCCCUCAGCCACCAGCCAACCCCAAGACUCGUCCAAGUUCUGCUGCCAACUCAGAUCGAAGUAAGGGGAAUGGGAAACCUAAUCACAGGACACAGUCUGCAAAUACACCUCCAGUGACCUCAACAUAUUGUCUUUCCUCUCGACAGAAAGAGCUGCAAAAACGGCUAGAACAAAAGAGAGAAAAGCUAAAGAGAGAGGAAGAACAACGAAAAAUAGAAGAAGAAAAAGAAAAGAAAAGAGAGAAUGACAUGGUAUUUAAAGCAUGGUUGCAAAAGAAAAGAGAGCAGGUCAUAGAAAUGAGGAGAAUUCAGCGAGCAAAGCAAAUCGAAGACAUGAAUAGCAGAGAAAACAGAGAUCCACAACAAGCUUUUCGAUUAUGGCUUAAAAAAAAGCACGAAGAGCAGCUGAGAGAAAGAAAGACAGAAGAACUACGAAAGCAGGAGGAAUGUUUAUUCUUCCUUAAAGGGACCGAAGGCCGCGAAAGGGCCUUUAAACAAUGGCUACGAAGGAAACGGAUCGAAAAACUAGCAGAGCAACAAGCUGUCAGAGAAAGAACUAGACAGCUCCGACUAGAAGCAAAGCAUUCUAAACAAUUGCAGAGCCACCUACAUAUGUCAGAAGCCAAAGCUUUUCGUUUUACUGAUCAUUACAACUGAAAGUAUCUUAAAUACUUCAUUUGGAAGCUGCUACCCUCAGAAUUUUGUAUAUCAUUUCUAAUGGCCUGUGUGCUUUGGUCAUAGUCGAAAUUAUGGAAAUGCUAUUUAUCUUUUGGUGAUACAGUGAAUUUAUCUUUUUUUUUUUUAACACUAAACAAAAUAAAUUUCUUCCCUCGCA